CUUCAGGUCUGUGAGAUCACCCGGAUGGUUGGAAGACAGACGCUCCGGAUGGACAACGCUUCUUGUUCCAGGGUGGUGGUGGAUGACAGCCCUGCAUCCAGUCCCAGCUCCAGUCCCAGUCCGGACGGGCGUCGUCGGGAUCUCCAGCGGGCCGGCGGGGUGCUGCAGAGCGGCGGGCUCGGCGGGCUCGGCGGCAGAGGACGCCCGGCAGCAGCGAACGCAGCGCGGGAGAGGAGCCGCGUGCAGACCCUGAGAACCGCGUUCCUGGAGCUCCAAAGGACUUUGCCGUCCGUGCCACCGGACACCAAGUUGUCCAAACUCGACGUGUUGAUACUGGCCACCACCUAUAUUGCCCAUUUGACUCGAACACUACAGGAGGAAGGCGCAGAGGAGGGAGAGAACACAAAACAAACAGAGGCAUUACACUCUUUAAAGGGGGACGGCUACCUGCACCCAGUCAAGAAAUGGCCCAUGCGAUCCAGACUGUACGUCGGAGCAUCCGGACAGUUCCUCAACACAAAUCGUUCAGACUCAGAGAAUCAAGGCCCUUCCUCCUCCACCUCCAAGUAACAGGCUUAAAAAUCAUUUGUAAGACGAUAUUUCACAUUUGCAUGAGUCCAUGCUGUUUAUUGUUGCCUUAUGAGGGUAGAAUACUUAGCUCAAUGUAACUUUAAUUUCACUAAAACCCUGCCAAUAGGAAAGACGAUGUAAAUUAAUA